AUGGCGUAUAGGAAGCUCGUCGGGUAUUGGUUGGUGGGUAGAUAUCUGCGCGCUGACGGCCCCAUCACGCUGCCCGUCUCAGCAAGCCGCUUCUACCAAUGCGGACGCAAAGGCGAAAUCACCUUCUCUGGCAUCAACAGUGUCUGCGAAACUCUCUGUAGCAGCUGGUGCUCCACCGACUGCAAUAUCUUCGGAUACGCAUGCGACACCUGCCAAUACAAGUCUGCUGGAGCGCCCCCGGAUGAGGACCAUCGCAAGCUGUCGGAGUGGUGCAUUCCUCAUACCUGGGAGUCGGGCUCGCAUACCAGGCAUGCGAGCCUGGACUGGUAUACGUAUGAUAAUUUUAAGGGGCACCGUUUGAUCUCUUGUCCUCGGGGGUGCGCUUAUGUCGACACGCCUGUUUAG